AAUACAUAGGUGAAAUUUUUGAUUAUAGCUCGCGGCCAAAAACCCUAAACCAUAACAAAAAAGUGGGGGAAGGGAAUUGAUGGUAGCAAUGGAGAAACGAAGUUUGAAUCUGUUGGAUGAGGCAUUGGGUUUGGAGCAGCAGACAGAUCCAUGGCCUUUGAGGGGGAAACUGCUUCUAAUAGAGGAUUGCGUCGAGACGAGUGGUUCCUUCGUGCUUCACCAUCUCGUAAAGCGAAUUCUCUUUCCCAAUUCUUCCAAUAUUAUCAUAUUCCUCGCAUUCUCUCGCGCCUUCUCGCACUACGAUCGUAUUCUCCGCAAACUCGGUUGCAAUCUAGUUUCACAAAGGGAUAAUAGCAGAUUCUUUUUCUUGGACAUGCUUAUGCUACAGUGUCCAGAUGGAAAUGAAGGAAAAACUAGUGAAGGUGGAUUUGCUGCAUUGUAUGGAAAAAUGCAAAAAAUUAUAUGUGCCCUACCUGAAAUCUACAAGAACCAUGUCACCGUCAUGAUAGAUGAUGUUUCUCUUAUGGAGGUGGCUGCUUAUGGCUCUUCAGAUCAUGUAUUAGACUUCCUGCAUUAUUGUCACACUCUAACAUCAGAUUUUAGUUGUUCAUUAGUAAUACUUAACCAUGAGGAUAUAUAUUCAAGUAUGGAGAGGCCUGUAUUCAUACUACAGAUGGAGUACCUUGCAGAUGUUUUAAUAAAGACACAACCUUUGGCCACUGGUUUGGCAGCUGAUGUGCAUGGGCAGUUGACAGUUUUGAACACAGGAAUUAGCAUUGGGAAAGGGAACUUAAAGAACAAGAUAAGCAAUUUCCAUUUCAUGGUCAAGGAAAAUAGUGUUGAAUACUUCUAUCCUGGGAGUCGAAGUUAAGGGGCCAGACAAAUCCCUUUCUGGAGUGACUACAAAUUGAGGAGAACAGAAUCCUUACCGACAGUGCUGCAAAGAAAUUCCGUAUUCAUUUCGUGUUGGAGACGUGUCUAGCAAUGACAAUUACAGGAGGACAGAUGAUAUCUUCCACCAAGAAAGAGAAAAACGCUGGGGGCUUGAAUGGCUGGAAUCUAUUGGUUUUCAUUUUUGUAACCAACUUAAAGAAAUGAAAUGGCAUAAGUCAACACUGGUGGACUUGCUGAAUUGCAGGUGUGUGACUGUUGAUCAGUCUCUGAUUUUAUUAGUUUCAUAGACAGCUACUGAACUGAACUAGAUUUGAAUGCAAAUCUGGAACUCUUUAAAAUCUGCGUAUCGUUAUUGAUUUCAUGGUAAUCUUCAUUUCGGAACUAUCAAGCAUUGAAGAGUUAUUGUUCGCUAA